AUGGUUGUGUCUUGUUGGGUCAAAGGUUGCAGCAAUCGAGCAGACAAUUCAGUGAGGCGAGGUUUCGUUUCAUUUCCUGCUGUCAGAGAGAAUGAAGGCAAGUUUACGAAGAAAUUAAGUGAAGAUCGACGCCGACAGUGGCUGGCAAAUGUAAACAGGAAGGAUACGCCGUCAAAAUACUCAAAAAUAUGCUCUGACCAUUUUGUACACGGCAAACCAUCAAGUAUGUAUGACAGAUCGAAUCCUGAUUGGGCUCCAACGCUUCUUCUUGGAGAAAAUCUCUCACCAAGAAAAUCCAUGAAGAAAGAAAAAAAGAUAGAAACAGAUAAAAAAGGUAAUUUUACGUUUGUCAGAGCUCAGGAGAGACAGAAAAUAAAAGAGAAACACCAUGCUGCCAGAGCACUGCUGGAUCUGUAUGAGGAAGUUCCGAUACCCGAGUUCACCGCAACACCACUUGUUGAGAAUAUAAAAACCUGUUCUUUUGUGUACAGUGGACAAACAGAAAAACUUGAGCAAAGACCAGUUCCUAUAAAUCCAGUAACAAAAAGUCAGGUGGACAGUUAUAUUCAGCGACUCUUAACAGAAAACAUGUUGCUGAAGUCUCAGAUUAGUGGUUUAAUGUUAAACCAGGAUUCGUUCAAGGGAAAUGACGAUAAAGUCAAAUACUACACAGGACUGCCAGGACUGCCAGACUAUUUGACAUUGUUGACUAUUUUCAAUUUUGUAAGAGAAUUCCUUCCUAAACAGAGACUGUCAGAUCUUGGUGCUUUUGAACGCGUUGUGAUGACUUUAAUGAGACUUAAGUUUAACUUGUCUGUGCAAGAUCUAGCCUAUAGGUAUCAGACAUCAACUUCCACAGUUUCAAGGAUUUUCAUUACUGUUGUUCAUGUGAUGUAUGUUAGACUUAAACAUUUGAUUUACUGGCCGCAGCGCGAGGAGUUGCGACGGACUAUGCCGUUAGAAUUCAGACAGCAGUUCGCGCAGAAGACUGCAGUGGUUAUAGAUUGUUUCGAAGUUUUUAUUCAAAGACCUAAGAACCUUCUUGCCCGAGCACAAACAUGGUCUUCUUAUAAGCACCAUAACACUGUUAAAUUUUUAAUAGGCAUUACUCCACAAGGUUCAAUUUCAUUUCUGUCCCGGGCUUGGGGUGGUAGAGUAAGUGAUAAGUAUAUAACAGAGCAUUGUGGGAUACUGGAAAAGCUCCUUCCUGGCGAUCUGGUUCUAGCCGACCGUGGAUUCGACAUUGCGGAUAGCGUAGGGAUGUAUUGUGCACAAGUAAAUAUUCCGAGUUUCACUAAAGGACGGUCACAACUUUCACCAACAGAUAUCGAAACGACACGCAAAAUUGCUCAUGUUAGAAUACAGGUGGAACGCGUGAUAGGUUAG